AUGGAUUCAAAGAGUCCGUCUUAUGACUACAGCUCACCAAAAAGUGAAAAACGUCGCUUUUCAUUUUAUGAUUCAAAGGAUGAAAGCCAAAGAAGAGUUGAAUGUUGUAACCAUAAAACAUGUCACUUGGAUCGGUAUAACCUAAUAAGCAGCGUUAGGCCUUUCACGUCAAGACCAUACACGUUGUAUAAAGUUAUAGUUACAACUGCAGAUGUCCCCGGUGCUGGUACAUCCGCACAGGUUUACAUCACACUCAAGGGUGAAUGGGGUUCGUCUACUCGUCAAAAACUGAGAAAAGAUAGGAUUAAUUCAAAAUAUUUUCGGUUGCAUCUGUGUCCGGGAUCUACACACACAUUUUCUGUAGUUUCCCCUGAUCUUGGAGGCUUGCAGUCUGUGUUUAUUGAGCAUGAUAGUUUAAAGAAAACUGAUAGCUGGCUUUUGGAAAGUGUUCAAGUUUAUCAUCCUCUAACGAAAAGGCGUUAUAUGUUCAUUUGUAAUCAUUGGUUUUCAUUGUAUAAAGAAGAUGGACUCAUUGCACGUGAACUAUUUGGAAUAAGAAGUGCGAAAACAAAAUAUUCAAUUGUAACUGUAACUGGUGAUCAAGAAGGAUCUGGAACAAACAGUAAGGUAUAUAUAACCAUUUACGGAAGGACUGGAAUCACUCCAAGAAUCGAAUUAAGUCAGGAAAAUAAAAGUUCAGGAAAAGAUAUUUUGUGUGCACCUUUUGCACGUGGUACAAGUACGAAAUUUAUUGUUAAAGCUCCUAAUGUCGGUGCAAUUACCAAUAUUCGUAUAAAACAAGAUGAAUUAGGAAGUGAACCUCAUUGGUUUUUGGAACGUGUGGCAGUAACAGAUUUGUCAUAUCCUCAAUGGACUUAUUAUUUUCAUUGUUCCUUUUGGCUGUCCAGUAAAUAUGGUGACAAUAAAUCAUGUAGGCUUGUUCGAGGUUAUCGAGAGCCUACUGGAACAGGUGUUGAAACAGAAUACAAACUAACAUUUUAUACAUCUGACAAAUUGGAUUCUGGUACAACAGCUGAAGUAUAUGUAAAACUUUAUGGCGAAACAGAUUCCAGUAGAGAAAUUUGGUUGAAUUCAAUACAACAAGUUGAUGAAUUAAAACCAUUUUAUUAUCAUUUUACUCGAGGUUCAAUUGUCGAGGUUUGUUUACCUUCAUGUCCACAACUUGGUGAAAUUACUAAGCUCAAAGUUGGACAUAGUAAAACUGGUUCUUCACCUUCAUGGUUGCUUAACAAGGUAAUCGUAGACGAUCUCAAGAUGAAUCGUGUAUUUGAAUUCCCUUGUAAUACAUGGAUUAUUGAACCAAGCGAGGUGAUACUAACAUGUGAAAAAUCAAUUAAAAAAGAACAGAAUGAAGUUAUUUGGCAGAAGAUCCCAUUGGAAAUUCGCUUGUAUACUGGUGACUUGCCUAAUGCAGGAACAACUGCUAGAGUUUACCUUCGAUUAAGUGGUCCUGAACAAAUUUCUAUUGCCAAAACUGCUGUACCCAAUGCUCCGAUAUCUCGUAAUGCUCUACAAGCAAGAUUCGAUGUAGCGCCAGAUCCUAAAGUGCAAAAAGCUGCUACUGAAAAAGCAGAUGACUCAUAUACAACUCCACGGAUAUGGUUAGAAGAUGGUACUUAUGAAAGAAAUGGUGUUGCAUUAUUUUCGAUUGAUUUACCAGUUCCGAAGCUGAUUAGUCCUGUGUCACAACUGUUGAUAGGACAUGAUAAUUCUGGUCAUUCUCCAUCAUGGUUCCUUGAUAAAGUUCAAAUAUUCUGUCCAUUGAAUGGGAUUGAACAAACGUUUAUACAUCGUAAGUGGUUAUCAAGUGUUAAACCGGACAUUAAGUGUGAACAAGUAUUGUAUGAAGAAAAAUCCCUUAGGAAAUAUUCCGAUAAAAAAAUCCCAUGGGAAAUAACAGUCAAAACUAGUCCUAUAGUAAAUAGUUAUGUUACAGCCAGUGUCAACAUUAUUAUAUUUGGAAGUAAAGAUAGAACAAUGAAAAUUCAGUUGGAUCGUUCCACUUUACAAGUAUCAUCUGAGUGGACAAAAAUAUCAAAAAAUGAGAAUGUGGAAAUGUUUAAACCAAAUGUUGAGUCUAAAUUUCGUAUAUAUAUCAAAGAGAUUGGUUUACCGUAUAAAAUAAGAGUUGCACAUGAUAACAAAGGCUCCAAUCCAGACUGGCAUCUUCAGCAGAUCACAUUGAAAAAUCUUAGCACAAAUGAUGAAUAUGAAUUUCACUGCAACCGUUGGUUAAGUACUCGUCAAGACGAUGGUGCGAUUUGCAGAGAAAUCCCGGCAAAUGGUCCUGGUAUAACUGAUCCUCCACCUAUUUAUCACUAUAUUAUUCAAAUAUACACUGGAAAUAAACAAAACUCUAGUACCAAUGCAAAUAUUUUCAUGAACAUAUGUGGUGAGAAUAGUGAUUGCGGUGAAAGAUGGCUUAGGCGAUCAAUUAAUCAAAACACAAAGUUGUUCCAACAGAAUCAGAUGGAUGAAUUUGUUAUAGAAGCUGUUCGAUUAGGUGCAAUUAAGAAAAUUUGUAUUGGUCAUGAAGAAAGAACACCAGGACUUGGCUGGUAUUUAGCUAAAAUUGUAUUAAGCAUAAAAGAGAAUCCUAAAUACAAGUUGACCUUUGAAUGUUAUCGAUGGUUUGAUGUUGGUGAGGACGAUGGACAAAUUGUUCGUGAAUUGUUUGCACAUAGUUCGCUAUGCGCUAUCUCCUACAAUGUGACAGUACUAACUGGUGUAUGUCGAAAUGCAGGGACUACCUCAAAUGUAUUUAUUCAUUUGUAUGGAACACAAGGUGAUAGUAAAGAUAUGCCACUCAAGCAUAAAGAAAUGGAGAUCACUAAAUUUGAAGCUGGGAAGUCUGAAGAAUUCAUCUUAGCCUGUGGAAAACUUGGUGAAAUAAAGAAAGUCAAAGUUUGGCACGAUGGUAUUGGUCCUGAUUCAGGUUGGUUUCUGGAUGAAGUGAUUGUGAUCGACUUCUAUUUUGGUCACAGAUAUGCAUUUCGUGUAAAUCGAUGGUUAGCUAAAAAUGAGGCAGAUGGAUUAUUAUCAUUAGAUUUACAGCCUACAAGUAUCAUCAAUGUAGACAGAAUGAUGCCUUAUGAAGUUGUGGUAUUCACGGGUGACAAGAGUGGAAGUGAAGGAAAAUGUACAGCCUGUAUUCAGAUAUACGGUACACCUAUGCAGAGAAAAACUGAAAUUAUAAAACUGUCACAAAAACAGCAUCAUUUCAAAUACGGUCAACCUGAAACAUUUCGAAUAUUUGCACCUGAUAUUGGCCCGUUACAAAAGCUGUUAGUCGAACGUGAUGCCAUGAGUGGAUCUGAUGGAUGGUUUUUGAACAAAAUUCUUAUUAGAAAGCCAUCUGUUUACUUUGAAACAACAAAGGAUCGAUCUCCUACUAGAAGUCCUGUUAAGACUUCAACAGGACAAACAGCUAGAGGUAGAACUUCACCACAGAAAGAUUCCAGUUUGAAUUAUGUUGGAUCAGUUGACAAACGGAUAGACAAUUCGCCUUCUACAGUACCUAUUCCUGAGGACAUCAAAGAUGCAGAAGGAGCAGAGAAUUAUUGGUUCAAUUUUAAUACAUUGUUAUCAAAGCAACAAAUGAACUGUGAGGCAUUUUCAUCCACUGAAAGUGGAAUACAAUUACAAAAAUUAAUGGAAUCAUCUUAUGAAGUUAUUGUGAAAACUGGUGAUCGCAAAUAUGCAGGUACAGAUUCUGGUGUCUAUAUAAUGAUGUUCGGGAUAAAUGGGGAAUCAAGAGAAUACCAUUUAUCAAGCUCAAAAACACAUUUGAAUAAAUUUGAACAAAAUCAUGAAGAUAUAUUUAAUCUAACCGCUAUGGGUUUGGGAUCGUUAGUGAAAAUCCGAGUUAGGCAUACUAAUACAGGUGUUAAUUCCGCUUGGUUUCUGGACUACAUUCUAAUACAUGAAAGCUUUCAACAAAAGAAUAUGGAAUAUCUGUUUCCCUGUUAUCAGUGGCUUGGUAUUUCCUCAUCAGAUGGAUUGGUUACUCGUGAACUAUGCGUUGCUUCUUCAAACAUUCUUGAAAGAUGGAAGUCUGGACAUGAUACAGUUGACGAUUCCAGACUUAUUUUAGAAGAUCAAAUUACUAUUUAUCAUAUCCGCAUUUAUACAGGAACUCAGUCUAAAACUGGUUCAGAUGCAAAUAUACAUGUUAAUCUAUUUGGUGACAAAGAUUUCACUGGAAAUAUCACAUUGUAUAAAGCUUUUAAUGAACAAGAGGAUCCAAUCACUAAUAAAUUUGAACCUGGUCAAUUAGCAUGCUUUAUUGUUAAACCGAUUAAUAUUGGUAAUAUUAAAAAAAUCAGAAUUGGACGUGAUUUUACUAGUGUAUCUUCAAGUUGGCAUCUUCAAUGUGUAGAGGUGGAAGCUAAAAAAUUAGGACUUCUCUGGAAGUUUGACUAUAAUCGAUGGAUUAAUCCACAACAACCAGAAAUAGAGUUAUACUCUGAACCAAAGUAUACAUCUUUUGUUAAACCUAUGAUAACCUAUCAGAUUAAAACAUUCACAAGUGAUAUUUCUGGCUCAGAAACAACAGCUAGCGUUUAUAUUCAACUUUAUGGAAAUGAUGGUUCAUCGAGUACUAUUAGACGUUUACAUAAAAAUAAUGAUGGUGAACAAAGAUUUCAACGUAAUAAAAUAGAUACAUUCUAUAUAGAAUUAGAAGAAUUACAAGAACCAUACAGUAAACUAAGAAUAUGGCACAAUGAUAAAGGUAUUUCAACAGACUGGCAUUUAAAAAAAGUUGAAAUUCGAAAGGUUAAAACACGUCAGUAUACGUUUAUCACAUAUGUAUUUCCAUGCAAUAAAUGGAUCUCACGCAAUAUGGAUAAUGCAGCCCUGGAACAUGAACUUUUACCUAGUCAUAUGAUUCAAGAUCAAAAUGGUGUAAUACAACUAGAGAAGGAAAUAACACCGAAAUGGUCUAUUCAUACCUAUGAAGUUAGAAUAACAACUGGAGAUAAGGCAUUUGCAGGCACUGAUGCUUCUGUUUAUCUUACUUUAUACGGUGAAAAUGGUGAUAGUGGUGAACGUAAACUGAUGAAAUCACUUACACAUCGAAACAAAUUUGAACGUGGACAGACAGAUGUAUUUCAUAUGGAAAUAGUAGAUUUGGGAAGAGUUAACAAAGCUCGCCUACGUCAUGACAAUUCAGGUGUCAAUCCUUCAUGGUAUGUAUCCAAGAUUGAAGUUUGCAAUAUGACAAAAUCUAAAAGUGUACCUGAUUCGCAAAACACAUCCAAGGAUUCGUAUGCUUUGAUGAAUUCCAUAUUUAAUUGUGAAACUUGGCUAUCCAUUGAACAUGAUGACAAACUUUUGGAUAGAUACUUUUUUGUUGAAAAUAUUCAAAAACAAGAUAACACUGAUCAAUUAUCCACUAUGUUAUCGAAAAAUUUCAAAGGUGAUAUGACUGAUAAAACACCAGUUGGUGUAAAUAAUUUAAAUCAAAGUAUACAGAAGAAUAAACAGAAGACUGUAGAUGCUGUGCCAUAUUUGAUUACAGUUAUCACGGGAUCUGAUAAGAAGGCAGGAACACCUGGUCCUGUUUGGAUUUGUUGUAUUGGUAAAGAUCAAAUGAACUCAGAAAAGUUUGUUUUAUGUGAUAGUUAUAACAAAACAGUAUUGAAAAGAGGAACAACAAGACAAUUUCGGUUCACUGGAAAUAAAAUCACUGAUUUAACUGAAAUACAAGUUGGAAACGAUGCCCCAGAGAGUUCUGCCAUGGGUUGGCACUUACAAUCCUUAUAUAUCUGUCUACCAACUCUUGGAAAAAUGUAUCAGUUCGAAUGCAAGGAAUGGUUAUCAGCAAAUCGUGGAGAUAAAAAGAGGAUACGCAACUUAAAGAUAUCAGAUCAAAAUGUUUAUAAAUUUCCCCAGAAAAUCACCUACCAGUUGAAGAUAUCCACAGCUGAUGAAGAAAAAGCUGAUACGGAUUGUUGUGUAAGACUUCAAAUUUUUGGAACUAAAGGAACUUCAAAUACCUAUAUACUGGAAAAAGUCAGCAAUCGAUUUGGUCGAGGAGUAAUAGAUGAUAUCAGUCUUGAGAUGGAAGAUGUUGGAAAGUUAUUAAAGCUAAGAAUCAGGCAUGAUAAUCAGGGUGAACACAAGCACUGGAAAUUGAACUAUAUAGAAAUAAUGCCCAUUAAUUCAAAUCAUUUAUAUCGUUUCGAAUAUUAUGAUUGGUUGAGUUUAACCUACGGUAGAAGAAAAUCAGUAUGGGUCGACAUCCCUGCAAUGGUUGAUAAUAUUGUUCAACUGAAAGCAACAUGUUUGGAUAUUUUUGUUAAAACUGGAAAUUUACCCGCUAGUUCAACAGAUGCCAAUGUAUUUAUACAAUUGUUUGGUGAGUUUGGUGAUUCUGGAGAAAUAGCACUAAAACAAACUGUUACAAACCAGAAACCAUUUCAAAACAAUGCAAUUGAUCGUUUCAAAAUAUCAUCCUGUCUAAAACUUGGCAAUCUGGCACGCUGUCGAAUAUGGCACGACAAUAAGGGAUCAUCACCUAAUUGGUAUUGUGAAUGGCUUGAAGUAAAAGAAGUCUUAGUACCGGGGGAUAAUAGUUUAACAUGCAUCUGGAAAUUCGUCUGCAGCAAUUGGUUAUCUAUUAGUGAUGAUAAUAAACAGCUGAUGAGAGAUAUUCCAUGUUCUGAAGUGUACAUAUGUGAUUCAAAAGGUCAAAGAAAUAUGGAUAAAGAAUAUGUUGAAACUACACUACUAAUGGCUAACUCUGAGAAGCUGACCACUUUAAAAGAUGAUCUAAAAGGAAAAAUAGUGUACGAUAUAGAAAUACAAACUGGAAAAUUAAAGGAUUCAGGAACAACUUGUGAUGCUUGGUUAAUCAUAGAAGGUAAACACGGUCGUAGUCCAAAAUUGCACCUUGUAAACCAAACUCAAAAUCCAAUAUUUCAAACUGGUCAAAUGAAUCAAUUUCAGUUAUCAAGUUUCCCACUAGGUGACAUUGAUACUAUUCGACUUGGCAUACUUGGAAUGAAUGACAAUAAACAAACUGAUCCAAAUGAAAUGCAAUCAGUUAAAUGGUUUGUUGAAGGAGUCAAUAUCAAAGAUCCAGUAAGCAAACGGAUGUAUAUAUUCGCUGUUAAUCAAUGGUUAAGUUUCAUUCAAACAUCUGAUCUAAAGAAAGAUAUUGUAAUGAGAUACAAUAAAAUUAUUGAAGAUCCUCAGAAACAAGCAUUUUAUGAGUUUAAAGAUAAACGAACUAACAUGUACAAAGUAUCCAUUUAUACUGGAACCAAAGGAUGUUCAGCUACCGAUGCUAAUAUCUUCAUAACUAUGUGUAGUGAUAAAUCUGGUUUAAACUCUGGUCGGAUUGCAUUGAGAAGAGAAAACAGAAAUUUAUUUGAUCGAAAACAACUUGAAGAAUUUUUUGUUCAAUCUAUAGAUUUAGGAUAUAUUCAAAGAAUUAUAAUUGAACACGACAAUAGUGGUGUAAGUCCUGAUUGGUAUUUGGACAAGGUAUUAAUCACCAAUCAGAUAACCAAUCAGAUUCAUACUUUUGAGUGUUAUCAGUGGAUUUCAAAGAAGAAAGGUGAUCGUAAAUUAUGGAAAGAAUUACUGGUUUCAAAUUAG